AUGAUGGGAAGCGGUAAGGAGGGCGCCGAGCCUUCCGAGGAGAGGCAACGGCAGCCCCCGCUCCAGGAACCAGAAGGAGCUCAACACCUUGGUGUGAAGAAAGGCGGUAGCAGAGAGGAGGGCGUGGACGAGGUUGAGGAUACGUGUCCGCCGGCGCCAUCCGCGAAUGCCGACGUUCCCAACUGCAUGACGGACGUGCGUGAGGAGCAGCACGCUGCAGCCGCCACCGUGACGGUGGAGAGUCGCUGGGCGACGGGGACAUCCAGGGGUGGGAGCGGAGGCGGCGUGCCAGCCACUGCGGGCAGCUUCGUCGUUGGAAGCACCUCACAUGUCUCGCUCACCGGCACCCCCACCUCCAGCAUUCACGCACGCAUGUCCUCCUUUGGUCGCAGCAGCACUCACAUGAAGGCCGUGAUCAACGUCAUCUGUCGUCGGACGUGCGGGGAACGAAAGCAGACGGUGCCGUGGUCCCCCGCAACGGGGGUACCGCCGCAUUUACCCACGCCACGCAUGACAGCCACCGCGGGUGCUACCGCCAAGGCGUCUGCUACGCCAAAUGAGACGGCGAUGCUGACGCCAGCGCUGAGCCACUCCGAGCAUGGGCGGUCGGCAACGUCCUCGAUGAACGAGACGCCGUUUCCUGCCGCCCCCCUGGGCAUAGGCUUGUCGACACCCCCCUCUCACAGCAGCAGCAACCUCAGUGAACCGCACUCCUGUUAUGAGAAGGAAGAAGAGCGCAACUAUUUUCGUUACAACUUUGCUCCACGCUUGCAGACACGGUUUUCUUUGAACCAAAUGCCUUCUGGAACUGAGGCAACGUCGGGAACGCAAAAAGAGGGUCAUCACCAAGAAGAACAGCAGCAAGAAGAAGACGAUGCAGCUACAGAGCAACAACAUCAGCAGUUCGAAGAAGUACUAUUUGCGGACAACAAGGAUGUUAGUGGUGUGCAUCAUCGCUGGCCUGAGGUCUCCGCAAAGCUGCAAAUCUGUGUUCCCGCGUCCCCGCUGUGGCCGGCGCCGGGUGAGGCGAUUCCAACUUGUAAGCACUACAGCAGUGACGUUGAGUUUAGCACGAGUAGUAGCUUUGGCAGCGGCUACAGUAGGAGCGUGCUUCAGGCGUACAACCAGCCCCCAUUUGUGAGAAGCGGGGGCAGCCUUUUCACAGACACGCCGUGUGUCUCUCCCUGCAUGCUUGCCUUUGAUGGCGGCGACGCGGAAGCGCUCCCCGUGAUGGCAAAAAUUCCAAACACCGUUACGAAAACUCCCGCCGCCACCACCAUGAAGAUGGGGCCCACUGACAACGACGGUGGUGGCAGUAGUGGCAGGAGGCGUGUGUUGCCAUCGCACUAUCAAAAAAAAUUUUAUUUGCGGUGUGACCCCACAGUACCGUCGGGAGUUUCACAGGAAGGCUCCAUUGGGACGAUUCCAUUCAACAACGUUUGCCAAAAUGUGGUGGCGGCUUUAUGUCCGCCUACUUCACAGGGUGUAGACAGUACAACUUUGUUUGACGCAGCGAUGGUGCUGCCAGGGCUCUACUUGGGCUCUUACAGCGAUGCCUUGAAGCUGCCUGCGCUCGCCGCCCACGGUAUCUCACUUGUGCUGAACGUUGCCGAAGAGUGCGUGAUAGACGACGUCGUGGCGGACAACGACUACAAUAUCAAGUUUAUUUGUUUCCCGCUGAAGGACCACAGCGAUGAAAACAUUGCACGCUAUUUUGGACCACUGACACGAAUAAUUCAUAGGCAGCUGCACCGUCGCGAGCGCGCCCUGUGGAGUGCAAGGAAGACUGCGGCAGAAGCGAACGAACAUGACGAUGCGAAAGUGGUCGCGGAUGCGUCGUCUAACGCCUGCGUGCCGGGUGGGGUACUUGUGCACUGUCGCAUGGGUGUAAGUCGAAGCGCAGCCGUUGUCCUUGCCUACCUUAUGUUUUACGGUGACACCCUCGUGGUGUCCGAGGGCUGCUACAGCCAGCAGCGGAUGGAGGAAUCUCCCACCCUUGUGGGCACGCCUUCGAUGGCGGCCACUCCUUUGUUCCCGCUUGCAGGCAAUGACGAUACUGCAGUGAAGGGAAGCCGUGGCACAUGUGGCCGAUGUUGUGAGUGCUGCUGCUGCCUUGCCCAUCAAAACCACAGGGAUGACCACGGUGGGGAUUGUGGGGCCGCCCGGAGGGUCGUGAAAAGCUACCGGGAAGCAUUUGCCUUUCUGAAGAAACGAAAACGAGAUAUCAACCCAAAUAUUGGUUUUGUGCUUGCACUACGGGAGUUGGAUGGUGACGAGGGAAAGUAG